UCCUCAGUUCCCCCAAGUAAAAACCCUUGAAAAUGGAGGGAGCAUCGUACCAGCGAUUCCCGAAGAUCAAAAUCCGGGAGAUGAAAGACGACUACCUCAAGUUCGAGCUGCGGGACACCGACGCCUCCAUGGCCAAUGCCUUGCGCCGCGUCAUGAUGGCGGAGGUCCCGACUAUCGCCAUCGAUUUGGUGGAAAUCGAGGUCAACUCCUCCGUUCUCAACGACGAUUUCAUUGCUCACCGCCUCGGCCUUAUCCCGCUCAGAAGUGAACGCGCCAUGUCCAUGCGGUCCUGGCUUGAUUGCGAUUCAUGCGCUGGUGACGGCCAGUGCGAGUCCUGCUCUGUUGAGUUCCAUCUGCGGGCCAAGUGCAUGACCGAUCAGACACUUGAUGUUACAAGCAAGGAUUUGUAUAGUUCGGACCACACGGUGGUUCCUGUGGAUUUCACGGACUCAUCUGGGUAUGAGUCAUCUGAGCAGAGUCCUCUUCCUCAGUUUCCCCCCAAGGAAAAACCCUUGAAAAUGGAGGGAGCAUCGUACCAGCGAUUCCCGAAGAUCAAAAUCCGGGAGAUGAAAGAUGACUACCUCAAGUUCGAGCUGCGGGACACCGACGCCUCUAUGGCCAAUGCCUUGCGCCGCGUCAUGAUGGCAGAGGUCCCGACUAUCGCCAUCCAUUUGGUGGAAAUCGAGGUCAACUCCUCCGUUCUCAACGACGAUUUCAUUGCUCACCGCCUCGGCCUUAUCCCGCUCAGAAGUGAACGCGCCAUGUCCAUGCGGUCCUGGCUUGAUUGCGAUGCAUGCGCUGGUGACGGCCAGUGCGAGUCCUGCUCUGUUGAGUUCCAUCUGCGGGCCAAGUGCAUGACCGAUCAGACACUUGAUGUUACAAGCAAGGAUUUGUAUAGUUCGGACCACACGGUGGUUCCUGUGGAUUUCACGGACUCAUCUGGGUAUGAGUCAUCUGAGCAGAGGUAUUCACAUUGCUCUCUCUUAAUGCCUUUGCACAUUUGCAUAAUUUCUGUGCUCCAAGUUGCUCAGUCAAAACGUGAUGAGUCAACUUCAACAUCUUUUCAUCCUUCUUGUAAUAUAUGUAAUUUUGAUAUACAGGUUGUAGUGGAUGAUCCAGAGGCAUAUACCUACGAUGAUGAAGUGUUGAAGAAAGUAGAAGCUAUGGGUAAGCCUGGGCUUAUUGAGAUACACCCAAAAGAAAACAGUUUCAUUUUCAUGGUCGAAUCUACUGGUGCUAUUAAGGCUUCUCAGCUGCUGCUUAAUGCCAUACAAGUCCUCAAACAAAAGCUUGAUGCUGUUCGCCUGUCUGAGGAUACCGUGGAAGCUGAUGAUCAAUUUGGUGAACUAGGAGCUCAUAUGCGAGGAGGAUGAUGCUGUAAGCUGAACAGAUCAACUGCACGGUAUUGGGAAGAAAUGUUCAUAAGCUAACUUUAAGGUUCUUUUGGAUGUAAGCUGUAGCGUGUAGAUGCUAACUUGUUUUCCACUCAGUCUUUCUGUGUCUAUGCUCUCUAAUUGACUACCAUUGUCAAAGUGGUUCUCAUGGGGAGACAUGCUGCCUAUAUAAAACAAGCCUACAAGGCAUUAGUUAGCAUUUGCCAUGUUGUUUGGCUCGUACUCACUUGUUUUACCUUGCUAAAACCAGAAAUCUUAGUUUGAUUUGC